GCUGCCGUGCCGAGUUCUGCGCGCUUCUCUCUCCCCCCUUCGCUCGUGGCAAUGGUGCGUUCUGCUGGAAUGACUCUUGGUGUCUGCCCUGGACUCUCCGGCGUCGCCAGUGUGCUUGCCGCUCGCUAGAGUUGCGGUCGGGCUCUGGCUGGGGAGAGCAGCGGCUGCUGCUUCGGCUGUUGCUCUCUUGACUCUCUCUGUCUUUGGUGGCUCUCUCGCUCUUUCCCUCCUUCCCUGUCUCUCACUCACUACUUUGAAAUUUUUACUUCUGCAAAUUUUCUUAAUUGGAAAGAAGAUUUGUCAGCAAGGCUGCUACCUGUUUCCUGAAGAGCAUGCAAGAACUUGAGCAUGCAGAACAGAGGAACUAACUCCAUGAACCUAACACCAGGACUAUAAAGGAAUACCUUGACCUCAGUUUGGCCUCCUCAUCUAGUGGGCAAGGAGGAAUAGCAGACACACACCCUAAACACCAUUCCUGGUGUCAAAAUGUCACUGAAAGUGCAGACGAGUAACAUCACAAACAAGAAUGACCCCAAGUCCAUCAACUCCAGAGUCUUCAUUGGGAACCUCAACACAGCAGUGGUCAAGAAGUCAGACGUAGAGACCAUCUUCUCCAAGUAUGGCAGGGUGGUAGGCUGCUCCGUUCACAAAGGCUAUGCAUUUGUACAAUACUCGAAUGAGAGGCACGCGCGGGCUGCUGUACUGGGGGAAAAUGGAAGAGUGCUCGCUGGACAGACACUAGAUAUAAACAUGGCUGGAGAACCAAAACCCAACAGACCCAAAGGGCUGAAGAGAGCAGCAUCUGCUUUGUACAGCGGCUAUGACUUUGAUUAUGACUAUUACAGAGAUGAUUUCUAUGACAGACUCUUCGAAUAUCGAGGACGGGUCUCUCCUGUUCCCAGAGUGGUUCCUGUGAAGCGUCCACGGGUGACAAUUCCCUUAGUAAGGCGUGUAAAAGCAACCCUCCCGGUCAAGCUCUUUUCGCGAUCCGCUGCCAUUGCACACAGUUCAGCCAAAUUAAAAUUGAAAUGCAAUGAACUGCAGACAAUCAAAACAGAGCUGACACAGAUCAAAUCUAACAUUGAUGCUCUCCUGGGAAGACUGGAGCAGAUUGCUGAACAACAGAAAGCAUCGACAGAGGUAAGAAAGAAAGCGGAUGGAAACAAAAGUGAGAUCUCCCAAGAAGACACAGCAUCAGAGGCAGAGAUUAACACAGAGGAGCCACUCAAUGGGGAGGAAGGUGAAGAGGAAGGUCUCGUGCAGGAUGACUGCGAAGACGAAUUGGAGAAUAGCCAUUAUACAGAUGUGGAUGACUCCAGCUUACAGUAACCAGCAUGUCAUUCAGCACAGCAGCCCUGAAAAACAGGAGGACAGCAAGAGAUUAAGUCCUGCCUUGGCAUGUUGAUCCAGACAAGCAAAACAUGCCGGACCGUCAUCCUCUCUGCCUGGCAUUCAAAAGGAGAAGUAUGGACCCAUAUCUCCGAGCUGUUUUGUAGUACACAGCAAACUAGUCAUCCCAGUGGAUCCCCAUCGUUGCUCCCACCCCACCCUCGUACUACAGAUUUAAAGCCACCAAGCAUCACUUGUUCCAUGAUCUUCACUGGCCAGAUACUGGAACUGGUUUCAUAUUGGCAGAUGAAGAUAUUGGAAUUUGUUUUUCUAGCAUCAAGUGAAGAAAGAGGUAUACAGGCUAUUGGAGGAGUCUUGUGUUCCCAGGACAGAUGGGGGCAUGAUGCUUAAUAGCAAAAGAAAAAAAUUAUUUCACUAUAUAUGGUUUAUGGUUUUGCAUUUGAGAUCAUAAAUGCUGCUGGGGUGCUGCCUCCUAAGCUACUUUGGACCAGCACCUCCACUAUGGAGGGGAGGAGUACACAAACAUCUAGAGCGUAAUGGUUGCUAUAUGAUGUCAUGGAGAGAAUAUGGUUAUUGGUGGUUCUGCCUGGAUGUUUACCAAAAAAAAAGGAAGAAAGAAAACCUUUAUCCAUUCAGUUUCCUACACGUCAGUAAAAGUAAAGAAAGUGUUAGGUCUAUGCAGUAUAAGCAAGCAUGAGCACUGACUAUAGUAAGGGUAUAACAGGGGACAGAUUAAACCAAAUCUUUCAGAAUAAGGAAUAUGAUUGCAGCAUUCAUUUCAUAACCCAGUACACAUGCUCUACAAGCAAUUGACUUGCUCUUUAUAAACAUGGGUCAUCCAUCUCUCAUCCACAAGAAGGGAAAGGAUAAGAUAGUUAAAUGUAGACUCAAACACACAAGUCAAUGGCACCAGUAGCAUACCGGGUCGGUCACCUGUUUUUAUCAUACAAGCAACCUAGGACAAGUUUUUUUAGUCGUCCUUGCUAUAAGCACAUGGGCCUGAAAUAAUCAGAUUCCUUUCCUCCCUGCUGCCUCUGCUCUGAAUUACUUCUGUUUUUAGCUCAUUCACCUCCCCCCAUCCCACACACACUUUUAAAAAAAUGAAACAGAUGUUGUACAACUCAUUCAUCCCCAAUGCUCAGCAAUGUCUCUUCCAUCUACUACAACCCUCUCUGGUAGUUUACUGCUAAGUCACAAAGGUUAAUGGGAUAAAGUUUGCUUAGUGGAAUGACUCAGCCUGUGUGGAUACAAACAGCCUGAUGGUGACCACUUGCUCAGCAAGAGAAGGCAAGAACUACAGUAUCAUAUUGGCCUGUUCUAGAAAUGACUGACGCUGGACUUCUUUUAAAGGAUAUCUAUUGGAAAACAUAAAUCCUGACAAGGAACGUUCCCUUUCUACAGGCAUUAGCAUAAAGAAAGGAGCGUGGUUCUCAAAGCACAACAUUUUACAUUUAUUAGGUUGUUGUUUUAGUGGGGAGUGAGAGAAAAGGGCCAAGUGCUUUAUUUUUCUCUUCCCCUCCCCCGCCCCAUGCCUUUUCUGUUUCUGGCUCCUCUUGCAAAGUUUGCCUGCUGUAUUGUACUGACCUGUUUCUAGGCUUUGAGAGAAGCUGCAAUGUUUUACUAUGAUCUGACCAUAAGACUGAAGUAGGGGAGGAGGGGGCUUUGUAUAUAAAAUCCUGUAUAAUAAAAGAAGAAACUUAAUUCA